CGAUUUUUUCUUUCUGUUGUUAUCAUUCACCACCAUGUUCAAAGAUCUUGUCUUUGGCUACUCUCUCGAGCACUAUGCGAAUCUGAAGAGUGGAAAAUAUCUGUCUUCUUUACAGACGGGCGCUUCGCGAUGCUGGUCAUACCUUUUUCCCAGAAGAAAAGAUCGAAAGGAUCUUUCUUAUGACAGCGAUAGUAAUGUCGACUCACUAUCAGCGAGAUCCAUGGAUCCUUCGCCUUGUACGAUUACCAAUACUCUUGCGUGCCGAGGAGCCUUUGCCAAUGACCGCCACAGCAUGUCUACGACUCAAUCCGUGGAUAUGUUUCCUUACUCAAAUUUCUAUCUAAAACUGCCUAAUGGCAAAUGGAUGAUCCGCUGCCGCACAGGCGAUCAGCUGUAUACCCUAGUGCCAUUUCCGAAAACUUACCUACGAAAUACUGCCAUCAUUAUCCUGUAA